AUGGACGUGGUCGUGGAGGUGGCCGGGAGCCUCACAUGGGGGUCCGUCACCCCUGAGCUUCCCCGUGUCAGGGGGCAGCUGUGGGUCUAUGAGGCAGUUUGGGGAGCACUUGGGAAGGUCCAUGGGGCAGUAGGGGGAGGAUCUACGGGGCGGUUUGGAGGAUCUGUGGGGCGGUUUGGAGGAUCUAUGGGGUGGUUUGGAGGAUCUAUGGGGCGGUUGGAGGAUCUAUGGGGUGGUUUGGAGGAUCUAUGGGGCGGUUGGAGGAUCUACGGGGCGGUUUGGAGGAUCUAUGGGGCGGUUGGAGGAUCUACGGGGCGGUUUGGAGGAUCUAUGGGGCGGUUGGAGGAUCUACGGGGUGGUUUGGAGGAUCUAUGGGGCGGUUGGAGGAUCUAUGGGGCGGUUUGGAAGAUCUACGGAGCUGUCUGGAUGAUCUAUGGGGCGGUUGGAGGAUCUAUGGGGCGAUGGGGUGGUUGGAGGAUCUACGGGGUGGUUUGGAAGAUCUACGGAGCUGUCUGGACGAUCUAUGGGGCGGAGAACCCCAGCACGUCUGUGGUCCCAAGCAUCCGGGGGAUUAUUACGGGAACGUUCGGGCCCCAUACGUGUGGGUUUGCCACCGGCCGCCCCCGGCUAUAA